AUCAUAAUUUCCAUUCAUAAAGACAAUCAGUACAAACGUGUACGGAUGAUAUAAAAACUUGAAAAUGUCUAGAUAUUCUCCUUAGAUAUAUUUUUAUCUCUAGUAUAUUGACCUUUUCUUUCUGCUUGGUUGAUAAGAUAAAUAAUGUGGGGAGGCAUAUCGAGUAAUUUCGCAAACUUAUGUAGUAGUGAGGCUUGGAUCAUUAUCCGUUAUUCAUCAAUACAUUACUCUUGAAAUACAUGUUAUUACAAUUCGCUAUGAGUUGGAGAGCAGUACGAACUAGUUUUUUCCCCUUUCUUAAGACUAAUAAUAUAAAAUUGUCUAAUAUUAGAAAUUUAAGUCAAUAUUAUUCAGUGGAUGAGAAUCUCUAUGGUUUGUCUAAUGAGCAGAAACAACUCCGUUUGACAUGCUUUGAUUUUUUUCGUAAGGAAUUGGCUCCCAGAGCUACAGAAAUUGAUAAAGAAAAUAAAUUUGAUGAUUUGCGGAAAUUUUGGAGAGAUCUGGGAGAGAUGGGUUUACUUGGAAUUACAGCACAAUCUACCUACGGAGGCUCUGGGGGUACAUAUCUGGAUCAUAUAAUUGUAAUGGAAGAGUUGAGCCGGGUCUCGGCUGCGAUAGCUCUCAGCUAUGGUGCACAUUCAAAUUUAUGUCUCAAUCAAAUACAUAGAAAUGGUACGGAGGAGCAGAAACGCAAAUACUUGCCAAAGCUAUGUAACGGCGAACACGUUGGAGCAUUGGCAAUGUCCGAAGCAAGUUCAGGCUCCGACGUUGUAUCAAUGAAAUUACGUGCAGAAAAAAAGAAUGACUACUAUAUUCUUAAUGGUAAUAAAUUUUGGAUAACCAAUGGCCCUGAUGCGGAUGUAAUUGUCGUUUAUGCUCGAACGAAUACACACAGCGGUAAACCACAGCACGGUAUUACAGCAUUUAUCAUUGAAAGGGGUAUGGACGGGUUCAGUAGCGGCAUCAAACUGGAUAAACUUGGUAUGCGUGGCUCCAAUACCAGCGAAUUAAUAUUUGAUAAUUGUAAAGUGCCUAGUAAAAAUAUACUUGGUCAAUUGGAUAGAGGAAUUUACGUUUUAUUCAGCGGUUUAGAUUUGGAGAGAUUAAUAUUAUCGGGCGGACCUCUCGGAAUUCUGCAAGCCUGUUGCGAUCUCGCAUUUGACUAUGCUCACACUAGGAAACAAUUUAAUACCCGAAUUGCUGAAUUCCAAAUGAUUCAAGCUAAAAUAGCAGAUAUGUAUGUAAGCUUGAGUGCGAGCAGAAGUUAUCUGUAUGCCGUAGCGAGAGCUUGCGAUGCUGGUAAUGUUAAUCGGAAGGACUGCGCUGCGGUGAUUCUCUAUUGUGCAGAAAAUGCAACAAGAGCGGCUUUAGAUACCAUUCAAAUCCUAGGUGGAAAUGGCUACAUCAAUGAUUAUCCCAGUGGUCGACUUUUGAGAGAUGCUAAACUUUAUGAAAUUGGAGCUGGUACCAGUGAAGUUCGACGAAUGGUCAUUUCAAGAGCAAUAACAGAUGAGUACUCGUGAAAAAAAAUGAUAAUGCUUGUAAACUAGGAAUAUCACUGGAUUUUUUAUUUUUGAAAAUAUGACUAUAUUCUCUUCACAUCAAUAUUAGAAAAACUCUAUAUAUUGUUGAACAUCAGUUGGUGUAGAUUAAGAUUUUCGCUGAGUGAAGGUUUUCCCGCCUCGCGUCAUCCAUCAGAGGACAAUAAAAACCACAAACUAGGAAAAAAUAUGGGAAAACAAUUUUAUUUUUUAUCACCAGCCACAGUAGUGAUCUUGAAUUUUUUCUACCCUUGAAUUGUAAUUCUUAGCCAUUGGACAUCUUCCAUUCGGAAGUUGAAGUAUUUGAAUCAUGCUUAAUUUCGUAUACAUUGAUAGUAUCAUUUUUCCGGCCAUAAAAAAUUCAGUAGGAUGACAACAAAUACAAUUUUAUACUCAAUCGAAAUAAAUGAGUCACUAGAGCAACUA